UGAUCUUCCUUUCCCUUCUGCAUCUAGAGAGAUCUCAGCCAUUUUUUAGCAUUUUGUCAGUUGGUCGUUAUUAAAGACUGACAGACAAACAGACAAACUCCUAGGAUAGUUAUACCACAGAAGUUAGUUUCUUUGGUUAAUGGAGAAGGGAAACAGCUACAACUAUAAACAGCAAGUAGGAGGCUCAUCUUCAUCCUUGACUACUGAUCUUUUCGGUCCUAAAGACUCCUCAAAAUCAACAACCUCAGGGCUCUUUCAAUCCGUUUUCGGGCCUUCCUCCAUGGGACUGGGGAGGGGGUCUACUCAUUCUCAGGUCUCAGGGUCCUCAACAACUUCAGAUUGUGCGACUCGAAGGGGAAGGGGAGAUGGCGCGGGGAUAAGUAGCAAGGAGAUGAAGAGUUCUGUUUAUCAGAGUGAAAGUGUAGAGCCGUGCUAUUUAAGCUCAUCAAUCUAUUAUGGCGGCCAAGAUGUUUACCCUCCAACCACCCAAACCAAUACCUCGCGCCAUACUUUCAAGAAAGACGGGGAUGAAGAUGACCAAAACGGAAACAACAAUUCAAACUGUGCUUCUAGGGGAAACUGGUGGCAGGGAUCACUCUACUACUAAUGCAGCCCUUAAUUUAAAGGGCGGCACCUUAAGGAUGAUCUCGUAGCAGCAAGGAGUGGCAGAUUUUACAACAUUUAGUUCAACAUUACCUUCUGUUUUUCUGUUUUUCCCAUGUUUCAGAAUAACAUAAGCUAGCUUGUACUAGAAAUUCCUAGCUCCUUGCAGUUCAUUGUAUACGUAAUGCUACAUUUGUUUUCUUAAUCUAAUCUAACUUUCUGGUACUCUUCAUAAUCA